GCCAUCCGCAGCUGGCAGGCUGCAGGCAAACAGGAUGACGAGCGGGUGACGGGAGCGGGGAAGGGGGAGCGUGGCCUCACACAGGGCCGGCAGCCCCGCUUCUGCUGCGGGAGCAACACCAGCAAGCAGGACCCCAGUGAGGAGAGGAGCAUCACCCAUCUCUCCAGGAGCAAAGACAAGGAGAAGGCAGCAGCCAUGGUUGUGCUGGGGUUACCCUCUCUGGGACAAAGAAGAAGAGCCCUUGCUGCCCAGGCACCAGAGCUGCUGGCUUAGCCCUGGAGGGGGAUGGCAAGCCAGACAGGGUCAAACGCCACGGACAGCCUAGAGCUGCUCUCCCUUCCCAAGCACUCCACUGCCCAGGAGGUCUUGGGCCUCUUCUGCAUGAUCCUGCUCACCUUUACCGCCCUGGUGGCCAACAUCGUGGUGAUGGUCAUCAUCCUUAAAACACCCCUUUUCAGGAAGUUCAUCUUUGUCUGCCACCUCUGUGCAGUCAAUCUUCUCUCAGCCAUUUUCCUCAUGCCUCUGGGGAUCAUCUCCAGCUCCUCCUGUUUCAACUGGGUGAUCUACAGCAUUGCUGAGUGCAAGGCUGUGAUAUUCCUGAAUAUCUGCUUCAUCAGUGCCUCCAUUCUCACAAUCUCUAUCAUCAGCGUGGAGCGGUACUACUACAUUGUCCACCCCUUGAGGUAUGAGGUCAAGAUGACCAUCAGGCUGGUGGUGGCUGGAGUGAUUUUCAUUUGGGUCAAGUCUGUUCUCAUCACUGUCUUGGCACUAGUGGCAUGGCCUCAUGGCAAUGGUGCCACCAGCGCCAGCCGCUGCACAGUCUACUGGAGCCCCGGAGCCCACAAGAAGGUUUUUGUGAUCCUCUUCAGCAUCACCUGCUUUAUUCUGCCCACCAUCAUUAUCCUCGCUGUCUACUCCAGCAUCUACCGUGUGGCCCGGACUGCGUCCCUGCAGCAGGCACCUGUGCCGGCACAGGCAGUUGCACCCAGACACCGAUGUGACUCCAUUGCCAGCCAAGUGACCAUCCUCACUGCCAGGAUCCUGAUGCUGCCCAGGCUGAUCCCAGAUCGCCUCCUGGGAAGCAACAAGGCCAUCCUCACCUUGGUCCUCAUUGUGGGACAGUUCUUGUGCUGCUGUCUGCCUUUCUUUGCUUUCCACUUGCACUCCUCUGUCAUUGUUGGCACAGUGGGUGGUGGGCACGGGGAGAUGGUGGUCACCUGGAUUGCCUACUCCUCCUUUGCCAUUAAUCCUUUCUUCUAUGGGCUGCUGAACCGCCAAAUCCGUGAGGAGCUGGCCCGCCUCCGGCGCAGCUGUCUUAACCAUCCCCUGGGUCAGGAGCUCUGUCUUUCCAUCUCAGAGACUUCUGUUCAGGAAAACUUCUUGCAGUUCCUCCAGAGAGCAACUUGGACACUGGAGACGCACACCAGCUGCAUCAGUCCCAGCCCCAGGAACAGGCUGGACCAAGCCACAACAGGCUUCCCCACCCCAGGUCAAGUUCCUGAAGAGAGCAGCUGAGAAGAAGGCUCUGCCCCACUGUUCUGGGCAGGAGACCUGCCAGGGACCCAUCAGACCCACUAG